AUGAGGAGCUUCACCUUGAUAGAUGUUUUGUUUAUCGGCUUCAGCAGCUGGAUGUGUGAGUCUCAGACUCUGGAGGUCCAGUCUGGUGAAGAUGUCACUCUGCUGUGCUCCAACAUUUCCACAAGUCCUACUCAUACAGACUGGUUCAGAGUGGUCAACCGAUCUAAACCCAGCUGCAUCUCCUCCAUGUUCUAUCCUGAUCACCCUGCUUCACUCUGUGAUGGAUAUCUAGCUGGAAAAUUUGAGAUGAGUUCCAACAUCAGCACCACCUUCCUAAAAAUCAAGCAAGUGGAUUUCUCUGACUCUGGGUUUUAUUUCUGUGGAUUCUACAUAAAUCAACAUACAGUCAUUUAUAAUGCAACGGAGUUAAUCGUUGGAGGUAUUACUGAAUCCAAGGAUGAAAAACCAAAUUCAAAUGUGUGCGUUUGGAAAUAUUUUGUAGAAAAGGCUGGAAGACCGACUUUCCUGAUGAGUGUGAUCCUGGGAGCUCUGACAGCUUUCCUCACUCUUGUAGUCGUUGUUCUGGCUGUAAAGAUCAGGACACUUCAGUCAGCUGCAAAUGAAGAACAAAUACCAGAAAGAAGCAAGCUUCCGCGCUCAGAGGAUUUGAACUAUGCAGCUUUGAGCUUCCAGACAAAAGGAAAGAGAGGCCGCAGGACUGCAGCAGAAAGAGAGAUGGAGCCAAAUGUUGUGUAUGCUGCUACCAGAUAGGCUCAGGAUGCCGUUGGAACAACAGCUCAAAGAGGACCUCAGACUCCUGAGGAUGUGCUUGUGAUUGAAGACUCCCUGAAACAUGAAUAAUCGUUUUCAUCUUUUUGUAUUCAAAUUGAGUUUUGGUCUUGUUUGCUUCAUG